AUGCUCUUCGGCUCGCAGUACGACGAGGACGGUGGCACCGACCACAGCGGCAGCUCCACGACGCCGCCGCAGUCGUCACGAAAGAAAAAGUCGGUCGUCUCCUCCCGCAAGAGCAAGACCAGUAGCCGACGCGACAAGACCCGCCCCAGUAUGGCCGGCGCCGCCUCCGCUGUCAUCGCCGCUGGACCUAGCAGUCCAACACGGUCUUUUGACUCCACCAACUCAUCGUCGGCCAACUUCAACUACUCAAGUUUUGUGGACAACAGCGUGCCUGUUAAUGGCAAUGGUAUUACUGCGGUGAACGCGCCGACACUACUGCCGAAGACACGGCGACGCGUCUCUAAGAAGAAGCCCGAGCGAUUUAAAAAACCCAAGCGACCAGUGGACCGCCAGUGCAUGUAUCCAAAUGUGUGGAAGCAGCUACAAUUCCGCAAGAAGAUCGUGCAGCUCGCCACUAAUAUGAGCGAGAAGCCCAUCUGUGUCACGGGUGUCGAUGGCUUCUUAGCCUCAUGGAUCGUAUGUGAGCUCCUUAGUCGCGGCUACCACGUACGCGGCACGGUACAGAACGGCAAGGAUGAUAUCUCGGGCUUGCUGCAGCUCCCCAACGCCAGCAAGAACUUUUCAGUCGUGGAGACGUCGCUUCUGACGCCUGAGGCGUGCGACAUGGCCGUUCAAGGGUGCGACUUUGUGAUCCACACGGGCACACCGUCGUCAUGCUCUGUACGAGACCCUCUGUCUGAGCAGCAGGAGCCGGGAGUGCACAGUAUUGGCAGUCGGAUGCACUGCAUCAUCCCCAUGAUGACGAACUUCAUUCAAGCUUGUGCUCGAGGGCGUAUCAAGCGAGUGGUGUUGACCUCGUCGAUUGCUGCGAUGGCGGACUCGGUGACGCCGGACUCGAUCAUCAACGAUGCCUGCUGGAACGUGACGUCGUCGUUGGAGAAGAAUCCGCAUUUCUUGAGCUUAAAGCUGGCCGAGGAAGCGGCGUGGCAGCUUGUCGAUCAAUUGCCGAGUGAUCGUCGGAUUGAUCUGGUGACGAUGAACCCGGGAACGCUGUUUGGGCCGAUGCUGUCCAAGUCGAAGCUGGCGCCUGGGAACCAAGUCAUUUAUGAUUUAAUUACGGGCCAAUACUCGGCGUUAGUGGAUCUGAACUGGAGCAUGAUCGACGUUCGCGACUGUGCUGUAGCACAUGUUGCAGCCUUGGAGAACAAUGACGCGCGUGGACGAUACAUCUGCGUCAACAGGAGCGUCUGGAUGAAGGAUAUUGUCGAGAUGCUGUCGAAUAAUGGCUACAGUGGUCGGGAUUUGCCGUGGAGAGUGGGGCUGCCUCGCUGGGUGGGGCGCUUGCCAGCGUACUCGAUCCAAUUGGGACAGGUUGGCGCCUCAUUGUAUGCGUACGACCCUACGUCCGUCCGAUCGUCGCCGUAUCUUGGGGACAAGAUUGUGGAACACCUGAAUGCUCGCUUCCGCACAGUCGACUCGACUGUCGUGGAGUCUGCGAAUGAUCUGUUGAAGUGGGGACUCAUUAAACCCUGGGCAGAAGAUCACGAGGCGCUGGAGUGUGGCUGCUGCCACAACCCGUUCACUUUCUAUCGAAGAAAACACCACUGUCGGGAAUGUGGUGUGAUUAUUUGCAAUGAUUGCUCCAUGUCUCGAGCGGUUGUGGAAGGCACGGAAGGACGCGCACGACUGUGUGACAAGUGUGUGAAGGGAUCGAUCCCAGACCUGCUCGAACUAUUACGAGACGAGGAUCCAGACAAGAAGCGCACGGCGGUAGUAGCUUUGGAGUCGUUGAUGGAGAACCCGUUGAAUCACGACUACGUCACUCGUUUCGGCGGUAUCUUGCUGCUGAUGGAUGCGAUCCACCACCCUGAUGAACCGAUUUCGUCGCAUGCUGCUGGGGCGUUGUGUGCGCUGUCGUUAAGUGUGGCCAGUACGCUUCAAAUGGUGCUCGAGGGGGCUGUCCUACAGAUGCUGGAGGUCGAGGAAACGCUGAGUACGUGGGCUAUUUGUCUGCAAGCGCUUCGUAACAUCUGGAAGCAGAUCAAUCGGCAGGAUUUCCGACGGAUGCUUCACGCUGUAGCUCGUGUAUCUGCUGACGCCAAUAUCGGUGAACUUCGGGGUAACAUUCUGCUUACGUUUGUACACAUGAUGGAUGCUGAAGAGGUCCCCACUUUGUUGUCCGAGGGGCUUUUGUCCGUGCUGUACCACAUGCUGCAGUCGACUGCUGAGUUCCCUCGUUGUGCUGCCGCGCACGCAAUAAAGCACUUGGUGCCUGCAGGUUAUGAUCCGGAUGUGAGGAUCGAUGUUCCACCUUACGUCGUGGAUGACCACGAGGAGCUGUUCCUGAACUCGUCACUGUCUGAUCUUCAAUUCCUCGUCAAAGGUCACAUCGCACCGAUUAAUGCACACAAGGUCGUGUUGUUUUUCCGCAACUCGUACUUCAAGAACAUGGUGAGAGUGAGUAUCUUUGGCACAGCGACCAGUCAAACCGCAGUCAUUGAAGUCGACAACUGCAGUUACGAAGUCUUCUCGAUCUUAUUGCGCUUCUUGUACACUGGCAAGGUGGACAUUACGCCGGAUGUGGCCGAAGAAUUGCUGCGAGCGUCGUCGUUCUACUGUGUGUACGAGCUGCAGAAGCGUACGGAGGCAUUUUUGAGCGGCCAGAUUUGUGUCGAGAACGUGGUGGACUUGUUGACGCUGUCCGAAGAAUGCAAUGCCGACGAUCUCAAGAAGAACUGCGUGCCGUUCUUGAUGCGUCACAUUCACGAGGUCGUGCGGCUGCCUGCGUUCGAGGAACACCGUGUGCGCUCGAGCGAGGAAGUCUUGAAGGCUCUGACGAACAUGCUUGGACCUGAAUGGGAAACAAGCUACGCGAAGUUCAAGAAGUCCGUUGGAAUUAAGGACAAAGACGUGGAAGAUGAAGAGCCUGCGGAAGCUGAGAAGACCGACGAAGAGGAAGAAAUGCAGCCGACUGGACACCAGGUGAACGAGAUCCAAAAGGCUCCGCUCUCGCCGCGCUUCUUGCUGUCGCCUGUGCCGCCCCCCAGCUUCUCGGGGAACACGUCGGCAUUUGCGACGGAAUCACCACGGCUGAAUACCGUGGGAGAAGAGAAGUCGACGGAGAAUUUCCACUUCAUGAAAACUUUCGGCAACGAGGACGUGCUCUUCCGACGUUCUCGCAACAUCUCGGAGGACUAUUCGGAGGGGUUAUCGGAAGGCGUGUGCUAGGGUUUUAAUGAUUUAUAUGAGCUGCGAGGGCAAGUGGUGGUGUGUGUGCCUGACAAAUAAUCGAAAUGAAGCUUGAAGUUGUUGGUAUUA